CCCUUCCUUCUCCCACCCUCUCUUUUUCUGGCUUCGAGACUUUCUAUACACAGUACUAUAUGGCAUUGACAAACGUAUGAAAUCGAACGUCGAACGUCGUCGUCAUCGUUGUGUCGUCGUCGUUGUCGUUGAAAAACCUUCGUCCAAUUCGAGAAAUCAACGUCAACGCGUGUACGUCUCUCGCUUACGCGCGUCGGUUCAUUAACCGUCAUUACUGGCGCGAAAUUCAAAUUGACGCUCGCCUUUACGUUCGAAAAAUGAAGGAUGCAAUUCAGCCGAAAGGAACUAACAGCAUAAACAGUACUAAAACUAAACCAUCGUUAGAGAUUUAUCGACCACCAGGUGGAAGAACGGAAGGAACAACGGCGAACGUCACUAAUCCACGAUUAAACGUACAUGCUAAGGAGUUCACUAUGAAGCAGAACGAUUCGCAUCCAUCUAAGUCUCGGACGAAUGCUUCAGAGCGUACCCCGUAUUAUCUACAGCACAGCAAAUCGAGUGGGAACGUUCAUCGAUACCUCUACGCUCAGCAACAACAGCAACAGCAACAACAACUGCAUCAUCCUUUGCAUCAACAGAGACAUUCUCAUGGUAGCCAUCAUUCGAGCUCAUCGAGACAGGGACAUCCUUUAGAAAUGGUUGCUUCCAGCGGAAGUAUCUUACACGGUACAAAUAGAGUUCACUUUAACGUGGAUCAAAACGAAGGCAAAUCUAGCACACCAAAAGUAGGAAGACUUACGAAGUCUUUAUCCUUCGUGUCCACUUACGGUUUGAAACGUUCGAAAAGUCUGAACGCUGCUGAUGCUCUCGCUGCUAAAGCAAUUAAUAUCUCUGAUGCCUCGGAAUUAGGAAAGUUUCCAGGCCCUGUUCAGGACACCCUUUUAAGAGCCAUCGAUGAUCCAAAUCUAUUGAACGCACGGUCGCUUAUGGAACUCGUACGACAUAUAUUAGAACGGACCGUUGAAAAUCGUCGAUAUGCGGAACCAGCGGCAAAGAUUUGCAUUACUAUAAUAGAGAAAGAAAGCAAGGAGACCUUCUUGGAAUCUCUCUUGAACAUAUGUCAACAAUGGUACCAAGAUCGUGCGAGAAUACUUCGAGACGAAUCAGGUUGUCACCGUUACUCGGCCUUCAUGAUGUUCCUCAACGAGAUGUACUGUCAGCUGAAACGACGGCAACUUCAACUCAAGACGCAACAAGAAGGAGUACCGCCAGGCCGUGUGCUUCUCACAUUACUCUGGAAAUGUUGUCAGGAUUGUUUGCAACCACCGGUUGUAAAUUCUCUCGCUGAGACGGAUUGUCUCUUCUUCAUUCUCACCUGCAUCGGCAAGGAUCUUGAUGCCGAGUUACCUGCACAACUUCAACAACUUCUUGGAAGUCUACGAGACGCUUUUCUAGCCGACGAGACGACUCUUCCAUCCGUGAGGAAAACGCUUUUACAAUUGAUUGAACUCCAUGCCGCUCAUUGGCAAUUACCAGCGCCAGCAGUCGUCUACUAUUAUCCUGGAUCGACUUCCAAAUGAUCUUUGUUCUUUUUUUCGAUCUAUCCAUCCAUCCAUCCAUCCAUCCAUCCAUCCAUUGGUCUUCACAUUUCUUUGUGUGUCCUGCGUUGUCGGCGCUCGAACUCGCGUACGUGCGUUUAUUCACGUUUUAUUUUUUUCUACUCGAUUGAAAAAGUUUUCACGGAUUGAUUCUUUUAACGGACCAUUCGCUCUCUCUGUCUCUCUCUCUCUCACUCACUCAUUUCCUAUUCUCUAUUUUCUUUUAUAAAUCACGACAAAUGUGUAUGCUAUAUAUAUAUAUAUAGCAUAUAUAUAUAUAUAUAGAGCAAUACGUAUAGCAAUCGUGCCAUUCGCAAAAUAAUCCUGUGUUUUCUGAUAGGAGCAAAACAAUAAUCCUCGCUUCGGUGAAUCGAAAGGAAGAAUGCAUUUAAAAGCUUUUUUUCUUUGCUUCCUCCUUUCCUUUAUCAUUCAAUGGACCUCUCUUGUGACAUGACUUAUAUGAUGCUUAUAACAUCAAUAGCCGUGAUCUCGUUUAUAUAACGAAGUAAAAGCUCCCCUAUCUGUAUAUUUUUGCAUUUCCGUGGAUUAUAAAAAGCUCGCAUCAAAGAUUCUUCAUUGCAACCGUCGACGAUACGGAAUAUUGAAUAUCGAACGUUGAACAGGAUAUUAAAAAUAUUCUUUUCAUUAUAAAGAAUUUUGUUUGCUAAAGAGUAAUAUCAGGAAAUUCUUACUUUACUUAAGCAAAUCAUUCUAAAAUAAAAAAGAAAAAUAAAGAAAGAGAAAAAAGAAAAUAAACAAAAUUAAAUGGAUAACUUAGACAUAAUAUAAGCUAAUGAGAAAUUCAUUAUUUAUUUACUACUCGAGUGACUUAAAAAAAAAAAAAAAAAGAAAUCAUUGAAGAUAACGAAUGCAAAUAAUUUCUUUCAUUUUACAACCCGUUAUACGAUAUAUUAUACGAGUAUAUUUAUUUCACGAUAAAACGUUUCUCAUAGAUUUAGACAAGUAACAAGAGUUAUAACGAAAGAAAAUAAGAAGCAAUGAGGUGCAUUGUAAUCUUGUAAUUUGAUUAAGUAAAUCAAUAUUGAAUUAUAUAUGCGUAUAUCUAA